AUGGCUGAUGGUAAGACCACUCUUUGGUAUUCCUGCUUCAUUUCGGAUAUGGAUGACCAUGACUUGUCGGUGAUCAGCUCAGACCUGCAUCUUGAUGACACUUAUGAACUCCGAGUUCCCACAAAGCAAGAGCAUCCGGCUAGUCCUCCAGAAGGUUUCGUGACCAUUUUUAGAGACCAAAUUCUAGGAGGUCUUCGUUUUCCCAUCCAUCCAUUCAUUUCUUCUUUAAGCGAAUACUUUGGCGUUUGCAUUUCUCAGCUUGCUCCCAACUUCUUUAGGGCAGUUUGCGGUACCAUUAUUCUCUGUCGAGUAUAUGAGCUUCCCUUGACUGUUCAUCUUUUUCACCACUUUUAUUCCUUCAAACGUUCGGAGUCGGGCGUAUUCAUGGUACAAGCUAGGCCCGACUAUAAAUUCUUUACAGAUAUGCCUUCCUCGAACAAGGGGUGGAAGUCCCGCUUCUUCUUUGUCAGACUACCUCAACCACUGGUUGGGCCCAUACAAUGGCGCCCAGACCUCCCUGAUAACCUUCCUUCGCACCAGCACCAGCCUGCUUGUAUCUCAGCCUCCGAGGCGCUGCAAGGCAUACUUGUUAACUUUUCCGUGUUGUUGUUGGAAGACUUUCUAUUUUUAUUUGGGCUCAGCCUUGUUCAGAAGGACAUCGGGGCUCCAUUUGAAGCUGCCAUGUAUCGAGCCUACUCCUCUAACGUUAAGUGUCGGUCCUCCCCUUAUUUGAAAAAUCUAGGCGAAGAGCUUAGACAGGGUGUAGCAGCUUCCUCCCAGCCUGGCCCCUCUGCUUUACAUUCCGCUCCUACUCCAUCUACGAUUAUGCCGGUGGCGACUCAUGAGGGAACUUCCUCAGCACUUCCCCCAGAUGCAGCUCUAGCUGAAGACCCGGUCGCUGUAGAACAAGUUGACCUACCCAUGAUAGGGCAGAUAGAGGAAGCCCCGGGAGAACAGGCCCGGGAGGUCACCGUGGAGCAACUUGAAGAGAUGCAAGUGGCAUUCCCCCGACCGGCUGAUCGCCUGAAACUUCAACGCAAGCGUAAGAGAGUGACUCCCGCUAUUCAAGCGUCACCUCCACGUAUCCCACCUAGCCGUCGCUCAUCUGCUACUCUCCGUCCCAUGGAACUCAAAGCAACCACUCCUGCCCGAGAGAGCAUUACAGGGCCUGAAGUUCCCAUCGCGUCACCUCACAUAUCAGUCCCGGCUUCUGAUCGAGGCACAGCUCCGGCGCAGGCUUCUUCACAAGCACCAACCUCUUCUCCCGAUCAGCCAUCUUUACACUUAACGGACCAGCCCGGGAGCUCUGACACUCCCUUUGUCCCCCCUCCCUUGGAUGCUCUCGCAUCUACUUCUAGAUCCCGGAAGAAAACUCGCAAGAAAUACUCCUUUACUGAUUUCUGGCACGUGCCUUCCUCCGCAGGCUCAGGAGUAGGCACAGAAACUACUGUUGGGGCUCCUCCUCUUACUGCUUUAAUCGAAUUGGAGGGAGACCUAGCGACCUCUUGGCGAUCUGGCAAUCACAAGUUUUAUAAAAACGCUCCGCUGGGAGGGCAAGAUCAAGCAGCUUGUCUGAUGGCCGCUUAUGCCUACAACUUGCAAAGAGAAAAUGAAGCGUUGAAGGCUCAACUAGAGGAAAUAGAGCUGCCCUUGACUCCUCGCGACCCACUCAACCCAACUCCUGGGGAUCUGGCACACUAUCUUCGCUUACUUGGAGAAUCUGCUGACACUGCUCGCGAUAUUUCCCAUGCAGCUUUUGACAAAAUAAGAGCCCUGGAAGCAGCUUUGCACACCAGUAAGUCAGAGUUGGCUUCCGAGGUAGAGAAGCGUCAAGAGCUUGCGGCCGAGCUAGAAAAGAAGGAUGCUCAAUUGGCUAGCUCGCAAGAAGCCCGAGAGAGCCUUCAAAAGACCCUGGCAGAAGUUCAAAAUCAACUGGCUUCUAACGCCAACCGGGAGAAGGCUCUUCAAAGCCAAUGGGAGGCCAGCCAUGCCACUCUCAAAGCUGUGCAGGCUGACCUUCUGAAGAUUCAAGAGGAGGUCUCCCAAGGUCAAGAAGCCCUGAUUCAAGCCCAAGCUGACCAGAAGAAAGCAGAGACACAGCUGGCCGAAUAUCAAGCAGGUGAAGUGGGUCGACUGAGGGCCUACAGACGAGCAUAUGUCACCUCCCCCUUCUUCAUAAAGAAAAUGGGAGAUAUAAUGCACUCCAUGGUAUGUUGCGGAGUGGGUGGAGGAGCUCGUCAAAUGCUGGAACAGAAUAUGAUUUUAUCUGUCCCUACGGAGGAUUUUGUGGACAUAGGUCGCAUCAUGGAUGAAAUUCCUGAUGGGUCCUUCCCCUCUUUUAAGGAUGAUGACGACCUCUUUCUCUUACCCGAGUCUCUGGCUGAACCUGCUUCUGGCCCUACUGAGCAUAUAGCUGGCCCUACCGAAGAUCAUCCUCCUUAUCUUGACAAAAAAUCUUGA